UCGAGUGAGUCACACACACAUGCGCGCGCGCAUACACACACACACACACACACACACACGCGCGCACACACACACGCACACACACACCUCUCAGAGGAGAAAAGGAAGGCUGGAGAGAGGCAGAGGACAGCAGCAGCGGAGAGGAGAGCCGCCAGUGGCGCCCCAGCAGCAGCAGCUACAGAAGCAGCAGCUACACCAGCGGCAGCAGCCUGGGUUGCGGCGGCGGCGGCGGCGACAGCAGCAGCAGCGCUGACACAUCCCACCAUGGACAGCUUCGACUUAGCCCUGCUUCAGGAAUGGGACUUGGAGUCUCUGUGUGUCUAUGAACCGGACAGAAAUGUGUUACGGAGGAAAGAACGGGAAAGGAGAAAUCAGGAAACUCAGCAGGAUGAUGGCGCAUUUAGUACAAGUUACUCCCUCUUCAGUGAACCUUACAAGACUAACAAGGGGGAUGAGCUCUCAAAUCGGAUCCAGAAUACUUUAGGCAGUUAUGAUGAAAUGAAAGACUUCUUGACUGACCGAUCCAAUCAGAGUCACCUUGUUGGAGUUCCCAAACCUGGGGUUUCACAGACCCCUAUGAACAAAAUAGAUGAGCAUUUCAUUGCUGACUCAAGAGCGCAGCCCCAAACGCCUAUCUGCAGCACAUCAUCUUCCACACCAGCAGCUGUACCUGUGCAGCAGAGCAAGAGGGUCACCAUGGGCUGGCAGAAAGUUGGGCAUCCCACAUCUGAUGGCCAGCAGAGGGCAAGCAAGCAUGGGCAUAGAUUGCUUGAUCCACACAAUAGUGACUUCAAAUCUGCUAACCAAAAAACCAGUAACGAGAAACCUAAACACUGUGUCUCAAGCCCCACGUCCUCCUCCUCCUCCUCUUCCUCUUCUUCCUCUUCCAACUCAGCACAACCAGGACCUCCAAGGACCAUGCUUGGAGACAGUGUCAGUAGGCAGCAAUCACGGUCCAAACAAAGCUGCAGUGUGGAAAUGGGUCUUCAACCUCAAGAAAGGCCAUCUACCAUGUCUGCCAAACACAACAGUAGUGGGCACUGUGUUCAGAACUUCCCUCCUUCUCUUGCUUCAAAACCAAGUCUAAUCCAGCAGAAACCAACUGCUUAUGUUCGGCCAAUGGAUGGCCAAGACCAGGCCCCUGAUGAAUCUCCUAAACUCAAGUCUUCAUCAGAAACUAGUGUACAUUGUACAUCCUACAGAGGAGUACCUGUCAAUAAAGCUGAAUCAUCUAGAACCAAGUCCAAGCUAGCAAAAUUUAGCAUUCCCAAACAGGGAGAGGACAGUGGAUCAGGCGAUAACAGCUGUGUUGAAGAAAUAUUACGGGAGAUGACCCAUUCCUGGCCUCCACCUCUUUCUGCUAUUCACACACCUGGUAAAUUAGAACCAAGCAAGUUUUCAUUUCCAAAUAAGGACUCUCAGCAUGUAUCCACUGGACACAACAAUCCAAAGAAAGGUGAUGCUGAGCCAAAGAGUCCGGACAAUGGUACAUCAAAUACUUCAAUGCUAGAAGAUGACCUUAAGUUAAGUAGUGAUGAAGAAGAGAAUGAGCAGCAGGCCGCACAGAGAUCUGCUCUCCGCGUUCUGUCUGACAGCGCGGUGGUUCAGCAGCAGGCCAAUAGCAGACCCUCGGGCCCCUCCAGCAAGGGGUCGAGCAGCGGCAGCUCCAGCAGCAGCAGCAGCAGCUCCAGCGACUCGGAAAGCAGUUCGGGCUCCGACUCAGAGAGCGAAAGCAGCUCCAGUGGGAGUGAAGGCAGCAAGCCUUCUCACUACUCCAGCCCAGAGCCAGAACAAGCUUCUUCCAACAAGUGGCAGCUGGAUAAAUGGCUCAACAAAGUGAAUCCCCAUAAGCCUCCGCUCCUGAACCAAAAUGAGAGCCACGGGUCGGAGGGCGGCCAGUACUACAACCGGGGGAAGGACGAAGUCCAGGAGUGCGGGAAAUUAACCACCCUGUGCCAGACCGGCCUUCGAGAGAAGGAGAUCAAGAGCGCCUGCAAAGAGGAGCAGAGGCCUAGGACUGCUAACAAAGCCCCCGGGACUAAAGGGGUAAAGCAGAAGUCGCCUCCCGCCACUGCGCCUGCGCCUCCCGCAACCGCCGCCGCCCCCACAGCGCCCCCUGCCGUCCCUGCCGCCGUCCCCGCUGCUCUGAGCUCAGGACCCGCGGGGACCAUCCCGGUUGCUGCGGAAGGCGCAGGCGCACCGCCCCCUCCCCGGAGGUCGGUCUGCAAGAAGCCCCCGAGGAGGACCGCGACGACUACGGAGAGGGCCUCGGCGGGCGAGGGCGCCAACUGCCACCGGCCACCGGCCGAGGAGCUGGCGGCCAGCGAGGUGCUCCUGGAGAGCCCUGCCCCCGAGCCCCCCAAGACCAGGCCGUGUGGCGGCGGCGGCGGCGCCAGGACUGGCCACCGGAAGGAGCUGCGCUCGUGCUCCUCUUCCUCGGCCGUGGUGGCGGCGGCCGCGGCCUGCGAGAAGCGCCGCACGCGGGGCCUGAGCAAGACGGCCCCCAAGUCGAAGGAGUUCAUCGAAACCGAGUCGUCGUCCUCAUCCUCCUCGUCCUCGUCCUCGUCCGACUCUGAGCCGGAAUCGGAGCAGGACGACUACCUGGGCCCCAAGCCCCCGGCUGUGGGCCCGGCGCCCACGGCGGCGGCGGCCGCCUCGGCGCCGGGAGACCAGCGGCUCCGGGAGGGCGGCCCCGGGAACGGCGGCGGCACCAGCGGCACCAGCACCGCCAACAAGGCCGUGGGCUCCAUCAACGCCAGGACCUCGAGCGACGCGGCCAAGGAGCUCGAGGAGCAGUUCUACACCCUGGUGCCCUUCGGCCGCAACGAGCUGCUCUCCCCGCUCAAGGACAGCGACGAGGUGAAGGCCCUCUGGGUCAAGAUCGACCUGGCCCUCUUGUCCAGGAUCCCAGAGCCCUCGCCCCCCCAGGACCCCCCUGCCGUUGCCCCGGCCGGCCCAGGGGCUAAAGACACGGACCCCGGCCUGCAGAAUCACGCCCCGGACCUGCCGCCCGCAGAAAAGGGGCUGCCGAAAUCCAAGCGGAAACGUAAGUGUGAAAAUGAGGAGGAAUUUAGGGAGAUCAAGAAGACUCAGGGAGAGAAAGAAUGUUCCUCACGACUGACUACUUUGGCCAACAAUACUUCAUCAACAAGCCAUUGCCACUUGAACACCAACAGCUUGGCAAUACCAAUAAAUAAAAAUGAGAAAAUGCUUCGGUCACCCAUUUCACCUCUCUCAGAUGUGUCAAAACACAAAUACUCCAAUGAUGAUUUAACUUCUUCCAGUAGACCUAAUGGCAGCAGUCUGUUCACUUCCAUCUCCAGCAAAAAGCAUAAGACGGAGAAUCAAUUGCAGCCCCAUGUUGGAGACCUUGCCAAAACAGUACACAACACCUCAGAAAACAUUCUCUUCUAUAAUAAACCACGACCCCAGACGGAACCAUGGUCACCCUUAUCCAAUGGACACAGAGACUGCAGGAGACAAAAGCUCAUCUUUGAUGAUAUGCCACGCAGUGCAGAUUAUUUUAUGCAAGAAGCUAAACGGAUGAAACAUAAAGCAGAUGCAAUGGUGGAAAAAUUUGGAAAAGCUUUGAAUUAUGCUGAAGCAGCCCUGUCAUUUAUUGAGUGUGGAAAUGCAAUGGAGCAAGGCCCAAUGGAAUCUAAAUCUCCCUACACAAUGUACUCAGAAACAGUAGAACUCAUCAGGUAUGCUAUGAGACUAAAAACCCACUCAGGCCCAAAUGCCACUCCAGAGGACAAACAAUUAGCUGCAUUAUGUUACCGCUGUCUGGCUCUCCUGUACUGGCGGAUGUUUCGACUCAAAAGGGACCAUGCUGUAAAGUAUUCAAAAGCACUUAUUGACUAUUUCAAGAAUUCAUCUAAAGCUGCCCAGGCCCCAUCUCCAUGGGGUGCCAGUGGAAAGAGCACAGGAACUCCCUCCCCCAUGUCUCCCAGCCCUUCUCCAGUCAGCUCGGUGGGAUCUCAGGGGAGUCUCUCAAGCACUAACACCCCUUCGCCAUCAUCCAUAAUUAGCAUUCCACAUCGGAUCCAUCAGAUGGCAGCCAACCAUGUCAGCAUCACCAAUAGCAUUCUGCACAGCUAUGACUACUGGGAGAUGGCUGACAACCUCGCCAAGGAGAACAGAGAAUUCUUUAAUGAUCUGGAUUUGCUGAUGGGGCCCGUCACCCUGCAUAGCAGUAUGGAACACCUAGUUCAGUACUCCCAGCAAGGACUGCAUUGGCUGCGAAAUAGUGUUCACUCAUCGUAGUGAUUGCGUGCCACUUAGCCGGACUGUGUAAUAAUCUCCCAUGGACUGUUCAAUUAUUCUGGACACUGUGCUACCGAAAUUCUCAGUCACAGCAUUUAUCCAAAUGAAGGUGAAUCUUUCUUCAGCAUCGAACAAUGAUAUUUUUCUAGGGUGUGUGUGUGUGUGUGUGUGUGUGUGUGUGUGUGUGUGUGUGUGUGUGUGUGUGUGUGUAUUUGUAAGUGUGGGUGUGUCUGAGGUUGUCUGUGUAUAUUUGUAAAAUAUAUGCAGCUCUUCAGAAUUCAUCUUCCCCUCCUGUAGUCUCUAUAACUUUAGGAUAGGCAGAAGUGACCAGAGGUGUCUGAUUAGAGAAAAUGUACACAUACAUGCGUCACACAUACAUACACACACAUAUACACAUACCCACACACCACAUUUGUGUUCUAUUUCAAUAUUAUACCUUGGAUUCUUAGAAAAUUCAGCCAAAAUCUCAUGGAUUAGUUAAUUAAGUGCAAUAAAGCACUUUGAAAGCUUGACUGCCAGUUUAGAUGCUCCUAGGACAUACGUUAUUGAUCUUUUUUCAGUCUUUUAAUAUACUCUCUCCCCGCUACUUGCAGAUUGGUAUGAACUAAUGAGUAAUUGAAAAAUGGAAUUGAGUAUGUUAUUUUUUGUGCAGGAAGUUUCAGUGGAUUUCAUGUUACCUUAAUUAUUGCUCUUUUCUGUUAUCACUUCACUUAUCAUUCAGCCUUAUUAUCACCUAAAAAAUACAACAGUAAGCAAAAGAGAUUUUUCCUAAUUUCCUCUUCCUUCUCUGCCCCCCCCCCCAAUUAGAGUGGUUGUAAUGUCAUUGAAAUGAACAAAAGAGAAAAAAUCCAAUGGCUUGGAACCUAAAUAGAUAUUAAACACAUGUGGCAAGGCUAUGCAACUGAAAAGCAAAAAUCACUUAUACAAGUGACAUCAGACACACAUAUACACACAUUUUCAAUUCUGUCUCUCUUAUAAUGGCCCUAUGGACCAAUGUCUUAUCUAACUGCCAGAAAUUUUAAAAAAUCUUUCCCAUGAUAGCUUUCUUGCAAAUGUAGGCCAAAUCGAGACAUAACCUAGAUGUCUCCUUACCAAAAGUCUGGGUUUGCUGCUUAUCAUGCUAAGAACCUUUUACUAUAAUAAUUCCAUAUAAUCCUCUCACUCUUCUUGCAUAAUCUACUAGUGCAAGGCUUUAAUAUUUCUUGAUUUAGGAAACCUUUCCAGUCACUGUUGACAAGCUGCCUUUGAUUGAGGAGAGGGCUGAGGGGUGGUAUUUAAUCCUGCAGCAAAAACUACAGUUUUGUUUGAGUCAACAGAGAUCAGCGCCUAUUUGUAGUAAGUCAUAUGCAUAGUUCCCUUUACCAUCAGUGUGUUUCUGUUAUUAACUUUAUGUUCUCUUUUGAUAUCUUUUAUUGUUUUCAGUUUUCAUUGGAAAUAUAGCCUUAAUCAGAUUUUUGUCACUUCAAAACUGAGCUUUGGAGUUGAGAAAAUAUCUCCCAGAAACAAAGCUUUGGGUCAUAAAAAAAUAGCCAUAUCUUUCCAAAGCCUAACAUUUCCAAACUCUGUAUGUAUGUGUGUACACACUUGCAUAUAUACACACACAUAUACGCAUAUUAGAAAAUUCAGCCAAAAUAUGCGUAUAUGUGUGUGUUGUACAUGUGUGUUUUACAUAUGUAUAUUACAUGCAUGACAUCAAGUCACCCUAAAGAAGGGAUGUGAUACAAUAUGUUGCUUAAACUAUUUCAAGGCAGUGGAGCUAGAAGGAACUUAGAAGAGAUGCCAAUGUACACCCAACCCAGGUAUUGAUGUUCUCAUGCCUUUGGUUGUUGCAUGUUUCCCAAUUUUUAGCCUGAUAUUUAGUUGGAAAGUCAAAUUCACCAGAAUUCCUUAGCUCUACUUAAUGGUUUCAAGUUGUGUGAAUGCUAGAGCUAUCUUGGUGAUAAUUUUUGGAGUUAGUUUGGAAUCUUAUGCCUCGGUAACUGAGGUCCUUAUGAAACUUUUCUUGGAUUUUUAUCUCAGAAUGUUUGAGUUAUAUUAAUACAGUAUUAUUUUUUUCAUUAUUGAUUUCACCUUGGGUGCUACAUAGAUUUUCUUUAUAGGUACCUCUGAUCAGUAAUUGGCACACCCCUACAAUUCUGUCCUCUUUUGGAAACUAUAGAAUUUAGAGUCACACAUUUUUUUUUAAUCCUUAUGAACUCUGAAGGUCAGACCUCUCACAUAGACUAUUCCAUAUAGAUGCUUUGCAAUUCAGGAUGAAUAAAUACUCUCCUAUGAUGCUAUAAAAUGGCUUGCAUCACAAGCAUCUCUCCUAAGUCUUGUAUGUUAUGUACUUGUUUUGUUUUUGGUAAACCCCUUGUUCUAAUCAUGAACUGAAUUAAAUGAGGGAGUAUACUUAGACUGAUUAUCUUAACAUUUUGGUUGGUGACUUGGCAAUCAUUAUUUCAAACAAGGCUUUUAGCAGUGGGUCAUUUUGGUGAUGAUUAGAGUAGAUGAUUAUAUCACAGGUGUUUGUUUCUCUGCCCUGGAUAGUGAAGCAAUACCAUCUGUUCCAUUUGGAAACAGAACUGUGACAAAAGACAAUUUUUAGUGACUUGUCAUUCCUAUCCUAUCUUUUUUCAUUCUUUUAAUUUUCCAUAUAUCUUUGCAUUUGACCUCUUUUUAAUUUUGGAGACAAAUUCUGUUCUCAGGAACCAAAUAUGGGCUUGAUUGAAGUCAGGCCCUCUACAACUUUAAAUAAGAGUUUGUCCUUAAUCACGAUGACAGAAUUAUCUUCAAAUGGGAGUAAUCCAAAUAUUUCCCAAGCCAAAAUCUGGCAUUUGUUAUACAUUCCUUGUAAAAUAUUUUGAUUAGAUAUAACUUCACAAAUCAGAUUCAUGUGCAGAAUUAUGCAAAGAGAGAGGGAGAUUUGGUUAAAACACUUCUUAAUAUUGUAGAUAGGAACUCAGUCCCACAAAGUGAAGGAAGUAGAAUAAAAAUAAGUUGAAGUGCUUUCAAAUUGUUUACCAUAUUUAAGCACAUGAAAUGCAAUACAAGGAAACUUUCUGCACUAAAAAUCAAUUAUCAUUUAUAACAAUUAUAUAUGCAUUGCAUCAUGAUGUGUACAUCUCUGGCACUCCAUAUAUAAUAUAUGGUUUGUGUAAAUGAGUACAUUUAAAUAUAUGUAUACAAUACAGCUAAACCAUAAAAAUGUAGUCAGCCUGAAGGAUAUUACUAGUGCCUAAAUAUUGAGUACAUGUCACUGGAUGUUCAUUUUACCUUGGAAGUGCAGUAAUUGUUACAAAACUAAUUAGUGCAGCUAAUCAUUACUUAAAAUCACAUCUUUGAAACUGUGCAGUAGUAUUUAUGUAUAAUAUAUAUGAAGUAUAUAUACACAUGUAUACAUGUAUAUUUUUAAAUAACAUUUUUCCACAGUUUUCACAGUUUUUCCAGAGCUACUGUUAAAAAAAAAUCUAUAUUACACAAAAAAAAGCAGAAUUUUUUUUUCCUAAGGAAGUAGACACUCUGCACACCCAGUUAACAUUGUGGUUUAUCUGUUUCUAGAUACCCAAGAGACUUUAGCAGUCACCAGCCUUAAUGCAUGUACAGAAUAUUCUUGUGAUUUAUCUGUGUUUUUUUUUAAUCCUCAUGAAAUUGGAAUUUAUAAACAUGUCUACCUUUCUGAGGUUGCCGAUGUUACAUUAAGUGAUUUAUGCUGUCAAAUGGGAGAAGUUGAAUUGUAAGUAAAGAAUCUCAACUGAAUUCCAUAAAUUUUUAUAAGAAAAAUUCAAAAUUGAAAUGUUUUACAAAUCAGUCAUUCACAAAGCAUCCUUUUUAUGCAUAUUUUUAUUGAAUACCCACUAGAUAAUUAGCAUAAUAAGCCUAAUUCUUGAUGCAAAGAUAUAUAUUCUCUUCAUGAAGUCUACCGUUCCUUGCUUAUGCUGCUCCUCCGAGCUUCCUAUAGUCCCUUUAUACAUACUACACACACACACACACACACACACACACACACCUAAUUCACCAGAGAACUGUCCAAAAGAAACAAAAAGCCUCAAAAACACGUGUUUACCACAUGUAUUUUUGAGUCUAACUGACAUAGAUUUAUUUAUCCCUGAAGUACCUUUUAGCUAGUUAUCUUGUGUUGGUGCCGAAAUGAGGUGUCUGAGCUGAAGGAGCAAGUGACUUGACUUGCAGUGUGCCAUUUUUCAACUCUUGGCACCAUUAUACAAUAAACUUUAUUAGCCUUUAAAAAAAAAAAACCUUCAAUGUGAACUUUUAAUUCAAGAAAAUGCAGGUAUUAGAACAGUGACUUGUCAUGCUAUGUCCUCCUGUAUAGGGGAAAAAAUACCUUUUUAAAAUAAAAUUACAUCUUAAGUCUCUCCCUCCAGAAACCUCUCUUUCUACCUUUGUACAUUUCAAUGAAGUUAUUUCAAGUCCUUUCAACUUUUUGUCCUGCCGUACUUAUUUGAGCUAUUCAGAAAUAAUUUGUCUCAAAAGUAGCAAUGGGUGACUUUCAGAGGUUACAUUCAACCAGUCAGAUUGGUUCAGUUAAUGCCCACAACAGGACUUUUAGCACACUGACUAUGAAGGACUGGGUUGUUCUUCAAAAGAAGAGGGAUACUUUGCAUUCCUUGCAUUAGAGAUCUUCCAACUAGGAGGUAUCCUUUGGACAGUGGUUUUUCCCACCUUGGGUUAAACUUGAUUGAGGGCUAAACUUCCAACAGAAUCACUUUUUAUUUUACAGCACUUCCAUUUUAACUGAAACUUGGAACCCAUGGAGAUUCACAAAACAUAAAAAGAAAAGUGAAAACCAAUAACAAAUAAAACUGAGUUUCAAAUUUGGGGUCAGUUCUUCUAUUUUCUCAUGUGCCCAUUUCUAAGAAACAACAGCUUUUAAAUCUUAAUGAUUUGUUCCAGCUAAUGGCAUAGGAACCAUUCAGGAUUCUGAUUCAUUUUUUCCUUUGUCCAAACUGAAAUAUUCUACUGUCAGACAGACUACACUUGUUUGUGUGACAUAAGGAAAAUUAUAAAAACUACCCUCUCUAACUAAUUGCAUAUGACCAUGGUUCAUUUCUGUAAUUAAUUGGUACCGUAAGUCCACUGGGGGGUACACUCUUGAUGGGAUGCAGAGGGAUUUAGCAUCACAGUUCUCACUCACACUAAUGGGAAUCAAGGGAUUAAAUCCCCAUGUAUUAAGUUGACAAUUUACCUCUUACAGCCAAUUUUAAAAUGCAUUGAUCUGAAGAGUGAAUGCAAGACAGUAAUUAUUAGUGAGCACUGGGCCCAACUGUAGUGUUUAAGUGUCAGUAAGUAUUGAUGAGAACUGAAAAACUAAAUAAUAGCCUAUGUUUAUUUUAUAUGGCAAGAAUAAUUUUUGUUUCUAGAGAUGGUUUUUAAUUUGGGGAAUUUUGUAAGCCUGGGUAGAAGAUAAAAGUUUUUUAGUUCCUUUAUUAUUCCUUACCAACUGUGUGACCCUGGACAAGUUACACACCACCUCUCUGUGCCUCGGUUUCAUCAUUUGUAAAAUUAGAAGGUUGGACCGAGUCCCUUCCACCUCUGCAUCAAUGAUCAUUAAUUUUUUUCCCCAAUUUUCCAUAAGGUAAAAAUUGUCCCUGAAAUUGGGGGAGUUGGGAUUUCUGGAUACUCAAAACUAAGCAAACUAGGAAGAAAAAGGAGAAAAUAUUUAUAUCCAGAGAUGUACCUCUGGAGGAUAUAUUCCUGGAUUGGGCCUUGUUCACUGUGGCUAAAAGUAAUUUAGCUUUUAAAGAAUUCUCUUUGUAUCCCUUCUGUCAUCUUGUCCCAGCAGUAUACAAAUCACUACAAAGCCAGGACGUGGCUUAUAAAUUAUGAUGGCAAUAAUCCUAUGCAUAAACCUCUCCCGCCCCCACCAAUUUUUAGUUAGAGAAACUAUUGUAGCAUCACCAAAGUAUUCACAAAUACACAGAGGCAUAUUUGAGUAGUAAAAUAUAAAUAUUAACUCUUCAGCAAUUUGCAUACUAUUUAAUAAUCCCUUGCAAUUUCUAGAGUAGUCAGCUCAGACUCAAAUGCCCUUAUCUCUGUGACCAGCAUUAUUCCUUUGUCUUUUACCCCACUAUGCAAUACUCUAGAAGUCACAGAUUUAGCAUCUUAACUUUUCAGUAGGACAGAGUCCAAUCAUGGUGGGACAUUGAAGAAGCAAAACUGCAGUGCAUAACUGGAGGGGGAGUGUGACCCCCUAAUCCUAUCCCUCCUAUUGCCCUGUUGUAUGUGACCUUGAGCAAAGCUGCUUCUCCAUGCCUCAGUUUCUUCCUUGGUAAAUGAGAUUCACAACACCAACUACCUCGCUGAGACAACAUGAAAAUCAAAAGGUUAGUUCCUGUACUUUGAGAUCCCAAGCUACAAAGUGCUCAGGAGGUAUUAAUGCGGUUACUAUGGCAGCAGCACUCAUAAAAAAUAUUCAGUUCAUCUGCAAACUCCCAUAUUCAAACCUGUAGGAAUCGUGAGAUGUAAAACUAUAUUCCCUACCAAUAACCUUUUAAGACUGCCAGCCUCAACUUCGAUUCAGAAAGCUAGAGAUUGGAGGGCGACUGGAAUAAUCUAGACCUUUGGGACUAGGGAGAUGGGGAAUACAGAUUCCCAAGGCUGGGAGAUCUUCCCUCUGGCUAGUAUGUGAAAGAGAUAGACGUUACCUUUGUUGCUACCCUGUUUCUAAACCAUGUGCAAAGUACUAAUUAACAAACAAGAGUGUGUGUACUCUCUUUGCCAGGUGCAUCAGGGUUGCUAAGUAACUUAUGGUUGGUGACUUAGUCUCCACCCUCCUGUGACCCAUACUUAUUUUUCAUUGUUUGGCCUUGGGAAAUAUGAGAUCAUCUUGCUGAAAAGAGGAAGAAUCUUGCUAAAGUAACUACUUCCUAUCACCUCCCCACAAACAGGAAAAUAAAUGACUGAAAAUCUUGCUUCAGACAUUUGUAGUAGGGUCUAAGUGGGUGUUGCUGAGCCUAGUCCAAAAAUGGAAGCUAUUUUCAUACUAGCUUAGUAAUAUAAACCUUUUCUGAUCUUUCUCCCUAUAGCCUUUAAUACUAUGGGACUGAAUGAGAAACAAUAGGACUCACAUACCUUUUUUUCCUUCUAAGGGUAAAAUGUAUCUGAAAGUCUGCUGCAGGGGCUUGGUCCAAGGGUAAGAUCUGCCAGCAUAGGCCUUGGGUCUGUCCUAAGUUUAGGAAAAGAAAUACCUUUCUUUGUAUAAACAGUUGACUAAGAGAGAGCCCUUCGGAUGAUCAAGUUAAUUAUGGACCAAUCAUUUGUCAAUACAAGGUGAAGAAAAAAGUGCAUUAUACUAGGUUUGUUCAGGCCAUCAGAUGCUUAGUAUAUUUACACAACCCCAAACAUCUGGAUGAAAACUGGAACAUGCAGCUCAUCAUUGGGGAUUUGGGGUCAUGGAAAUUGGCUGUGUAAAUGAUAAAAUGUUCAUCUAAUACUGGGUGUCAUUUAAAUACAGCAUCCAUCAGGUUGCCAAUUCUCCCUAUACCUCUAAGGCUUUGGAGUUUAACAAGAAACUUUAUAAAACAGUAACUGUGACUAUCACUACUUCCCUUUGUUGGAUCACUUUGAGUAACUUUGUCACCUCUCUCUUCCUUGAGGUCACCAAAAAAUGUCAAUGGAUGUAAUGUUACACAAUUCUGGCGAGUAUGAAUGGUGACUAUCUGAAUGAAAAGCUCCAAUAUGAUUGCACUAGCUGCAUUAAAACCCAUUAUAAUAAAGUGUAACUGCUAAUAACUUGGGUUUCAUUUUUAACAACAGUAACUCUCAGUAGUUGCAGGAAACUUUCAGGGGUAGGUGUUGAAUUUGCUACUCGGUAGGAUCAAGUUGUUGAAAUCCUAUUCAAUUUUCAUCAUCUCAUGCAGGAACCUAAAAUUCCAUAGUUAUGUCACGCCAACAACUGGUAUUUAUUCAUAGAGAAGGCAAUAGUAAUAUAACACAAGGAUAUCAAGGAUCAUGUUCUGGCCUUGUGAGUUUCAUCAAAUUCCAUCCAAGUCCUUACCAUUACAUAUCAUUUCAUGUUGUUGGCUAUCUGGAAGCCACUGGCAACUCAGGAGCCCAGCUCAUUUCCAACUAGAUUUUUCCAAUGAUCCAGACUUUAGUCUUUACAAUACCAAAUUAUAGACCCUUCACCUGCCCCUUGCUUGUAGGAAUUGGUCUUAGUGAUUGUAGAAUUGAACGAUUUUUUUUUUUAAUGGGACUAUUCUGUACAGUAAUUUAUGCUGUAAAAAUGUACAUAUUAUCAUUGUAGCACUGAUGAAUGAUUUGAAGUGCUGUAUUUAUUAGGUCAGUUACCAUUUUCAUUUGUCUGUUCAUUCUAUAUUAAGAUAACUUAAUUUUAUUUUUGUUACAUGAGAUUCAUUUAGGGGCUAUUUGUCAAUGCAUUUGGACCCUGUAAUGGAGAAAGCCCAGAAUUUAUGUUGAUAACACAGUGGCUAUUUUAAUUGAAAUGGGUGUGAUGAUUUCACUAUGCAUCAAAAUGGGAAAUUAUAUUACUAAUGAUGGUCAAAAUCAUAUGCUUUUAUCUAUGUAUUUUAGUAAUAUGAGCAAAGUGAUUACUAGAUGCCAUGAAUACAGACCCGUGACUUUGAUGAAGUUUACUCUUUUAUUUCCUUCUCAGAACCCAUAAACUGUUUGUUCUAAAGGAAAUGAAAAUGGAUACACAUUAAACAAGUCCAAUCAUUUCCCCAUGACUUGUUCUUACUCCCUGGACUUCUUCCUAGAAGUUUGAAAUGCGAGGGCCUAUCAGACUUGAACUUGGUGGUUGUUCAUAUCUGCCUAAUUAAACAUAAACAUAAAAUCCUCUUUUUUCUUCUCCCUCUCUCCUUUCUGUAAAAGGGCAGAAAAUAAAUUCGCUAUAUUUGUCCCAUUCCAAACAAACAAAACCCCCAAAGCAAAGUGCAUAUGUUCCAAUGGCAGACGGUCUGGAAGGGGUAGGAAGCCUAUCUGUUAUUAAUGAUUUGUUUCUGGGUUUUUGUGUAUUUUGUCUGAUUUUAAAGUUCACAUGUACAAAGAUAAUGGAAUCAUAGACAACUUGUUUUACUGUUUGGAGAUUUUGCUGUUUCUAUAAUUCAUAUGAAACCCAUGUAGCACAGUUUCUGGAAUGGUCAAACAUCUUACUGUAAUGUAACAGAAUGAGCCUUAAGGAUUUGUAAGAAUAAGCACUUUUAUAUUAAAAAGUAAAUAUUAAUUCAUCAGUAAGAUUACUUUUUUAAUGUGACAAUAAACCAUAAAAUCAACAUC